GGGGAGGGGAUGGAGCGAGUCGAGCAUCGGGCGACGGCUGUUGUAUUUCACUAGCAAUACAACAGCUGGAGGCCUAUCAUUACCACAACUGGAGGCCUGUCUGUGUUAUUUCUGGAGCAUCGUACGAGACGGGACAGAAGAUUAUGAGCGUCUUUCGCUGAAAAAUCUGUUUGUUAUGAAGUUGGGCUUUGACAAUUUUAAAGGGUAAGGGAUUGAAAACGUAAAGGUUUUAGGAGUAGUUUAUAAACUAGACUGUAUACGGUUUCCCCUGGGAUAACAGAAACAGUUUGGUUUACCAAUUUUUUUGGUUUAGGCUAAGACCUACAACAUUAAAAACGAAGUUUAGAAUUGUUUUCUACAAAUAGCCAGGCAUGUUCGACAGAUAGACUGUCUCUCAUCUCGCCGGAAGAAAGCCGACAGCAGCCGAACGCUCACGAGUUUACGGAUUUGUCAGACAGAAGUCCCGAGACGCAACAUGUUUGAAGCUGGCAGAAUCCCACUCGUCCUUCUCGACGUUACCUGUCUUUUCCUCGUUGGACUUCCCUUUGCGAUCCUCACCCCUCAGCACAAUCCCUUCAAAAGGGGUUUCUUCUGUAAUGAUGAGUCCAUCAGAUACCCCCUGAAGGAGGACUCCAUAUCCUAUCAGUUACUGGGGGGAGUCAUGAUCCCUUUCACACUGAUUGUGGUAGUCAGUGGUGAGUGCCUUGGCGUCUAUAUGACUCGUGUCAAAACCAAAUCGUCCUUGGGGACUAACUACGUGGCGCGCAUUUAUAAAGCAGUGGCCAGCUUCCUAUUCGGGGCUGCUGCUAGCCAAUCACUGACGGAUAUUGCCAAGUACUCAAUCGGUCGACUGCGGCCGCACUUCCUGGCUGUGUGUAAGCCUGUGUGGGACCGUAUCAACUGCAGGGCCGGAGGCUACAUCGAGAACUUCACCUGUACCGGGGACAAGGAUAUGGUAGAUGAGGCCAGACUUUCCUUCUUUUCUGGUCACUCAUCUUUUUCUAUGUACUGUAUGCUGUUCCUUGCACUGUACGUCCAGGCCAGACUGCAGACAGAGUGGGCAAGGCUCCUCAGACCCACCAUACAGUUCUUCCUGAUUGCAAUGUCCAUCUACGUGGGACUGUCACGUAUCUCUGACUACAAACACCACUGGAGUGACGUACUUACUGGCCUCCUGCAGGGGGCGAUAGUCGCAAUACUCACGGUGUUCUAUGCGUCCGACUUCUUCAAGAGGCCUGUUGAUCCAGUAGAGAUAGAAGAGGAGACGUCCGAAACCAGUCUCCAGGACAACCCAGAUAAUGAGAACCACUAUGGAAGCACAGACUGAAGCUUUGCCCACAAUAUGGACUUACUGUAGCAGACAACGCAUGGAGGACUAGUAGCAUGCUACCACUACCUGCCAUCCACUAUGGAGGACUAGUAGCAUGCUACCACUACCUGCCAUCCACUAUGGAGGACU